AGAACCAGGACUAAGAGCCCCAUUAUUAGUUUUUGCGUUUUUGAGGCCAGAUAUAGCCUAUUUUAGCCUGUUUUAGCCCAUUUCUUUUAAUUUUCCGGGUACGGUGCUGGGUUUGAAUUCAUUUAUUCUUGAUAAAUCACUUUAUUUAUUGAACACCCUAUACCCAAUGAUAAGAACUGUGACGGAACUGAUAAUCGAGUGUUUACAUUUUGCGAAAAUUUUCCAAUUUGUCGGAUAGAAUUUCCUUAUUGAUGAUUUCUCGUUGAAAGUAUUAAUUAGUUGAAUUAUAAUUCUGUAAUGUGUUGAGAAAAAGUAACUAUUCUCUGUAUUGAUCCAGUGUACAGUGCUAUUAAAAUGCCGCUUCCGCCAGCUCUACUCGCUAAAUUAGCGAAACGAGGAAUCGUAUCUCCGAAAACUUUGAAAUCUCAAUCAUCUAAUACCCAAAAUAAAGAAAACCAAAAACAAGAAGAAGAAAUUAUCGUGGAAAAUUACGACGAAACGGAAAAUCGCAAUCAUAGAAAAGAUUUACCCAAUUCUAUUAAUGGAAAUACUGCAACGUACGAUAACGAUGACUUGAAAUCGAGCAUAGAUGCUAAAUUUAUGGGUUAUCAAUGCUGCCCAAAUAAAUAUAACGUAUGGCACGAAUGCACCUCGUUUUGUAAAGAAUAUUGGGGCGAAGGAAAGAAAAAACCGAGUAGAAAGUACAUGUACUACAGGAAGAAAAUGUUGGAACAACAUCCUCUACCCGAAAAUUGGACCGAAGUGUAUGAUCCUGGAACCGGUCGAUUCUAUUAUUGGGACGAAGAAAAUGAUGUCGUGAGCUGGUUACCACCGUCUCAUCGACGAGCUUUAAUCACCGAUUCAGCCGCACGUUUUCGAGAAGAACGCCAUAUGGUAGAAGGCGAUAAAAAUCAAGAAGAUGACAAAAAAAGCGAAUCUGACAGCGAUGCUAGUAGUGAUAGCAGUACUAGUUCUACAGAUACGAAAAGAAAAAAGAGAAAAUACAGUUCUAGUGACAAAGAAAGUGACAAAAGCGACGAAGAAAGACGUGCAAAACCCAAACAGACUCGAAAUGAUCGAAAUUUCAACAGGAGGAGAGUUGUUAAAGCUAAUGAUAUCGAUCCUAUGGAUCCAGCUGCGUACUCUAAUAUUCCAAGAGGGACGUGGUCUGAUGGUUUAAAUAAAGGCUUGGAAGCAAAAACUGGCGCUGAUACUACCGCAGCUGGACCUUUAUAUCAAAUGAGACCGUAUCCAAAUCCUGGAGCUGUAUUACGUGCAAAUGCUAAGCAAAAAAAUAACGAUGAUUCUGAUUAGGUUUCUCAAGCAGGUGCAAUGGGUUAUCUGGUAGGGGGCCGUACUUCCAGUUAACCCAAAAUGUGUACCUAUGUAAAGAAAAACCAACUUUUUAUAAUGCUCGAGUGAAAUGAGGAGGACUGUAUCUUGAACUUUAACAAAGAUCCCCCUCCCCCUGCAAGUUCUGACUUCACCUCUGACGUGAGUAGGUAAUUAGUUUGUACUGAUGUAACUCGCUUUUCUAUGUAUGUACAUAAAUAAAAAAAAUGAAAAAUGUAAAA